ACAAGCAGAGAACAAGGACAUAAUGGAGAUGCUGAUCUUACCUGUUCUAAUAAUCUUUUUCCCUCAUAAUGGGUUGCUUGAUAAGCCAGUCUGUGGGGAGUCAAAAUUCCUAUCAAGUACUAUUGAAGGGCAGGUGACUCUAUCAAUAGACAAAACAAUUGAGUUCAAAUACAUCAACUGGCUUACAACUGAUGGGAAGUUCCUUGCUAAAACAUCAACGGGCAAACCUGCUCAGAUAAGACAAGCUGAGUACGAAGGAAGACUAAAAGCCACAGCUGAUGGAUCUUUAGUUAUAAUGAAACUGACCAGAGAAGACGAAAACCAAUACAUAGCGAAUGUGCAGACAAUCGCAUCAGGCCAAUGUCUUCAGAGGUUUCAUCUCCGAGUGUUCGAUGCACUGAGUACAGAGUCGUGUGCGGGGCAGACCAAUAUAUCUUCUGAGGAGGGAACGGAGGUCACCCUACCUGUGAACCAGACCGGCUUUGUGUCCAUCACUUGGGUGACUCUCUGGGAUUUGGUGCAUUUUGCUGUAACCAAGCCAGGACAACCUGUAAUCCAAGAUCCUCGAUACCAAGGACGUCUGCAUGCCACCUCUAAUGGCGCCUUAAUUAUCGCCGGACUUACCAGAGAAGACCAAGGAACAUAUGGAGCUUAUGUGGUGACAGCGACAUCACAGCAAUGUGCCCAACUCUACAACCUCAGAGUCACAGGCACGCUGAGUGUGGAAUCCUGUAGCGGGCAGACCAACAUAUCUUCUGAGGAGGGAACGGAGGUCACUCUACCUGUCAACCAGACCGGCUUUGUGUCCGUCACUUGGGUGACUCUCUGGGAUUUGGUGCAUUUUGCUGUAACUGAACCAGGACAACCUGUUGUAAUUCAGGAUCCUCGAUACAAAGGACGUCUGAAUGCCACCGCUAAUGGCACCUUAAUUAUCGCCGGACUUACCAGAGAAGACCAAGGAACAUAUGGAGCUUAUGUGGUGACACCGACAUCACAGCAAUGUGCCCAACUCUACAACCUCAGAGUCACAGGAUUCUAUCAGGAGAAAACUCGUAUGGAUUACACGACAGAGAACACAAUACGACUGGCGAUAUCUGGCUGUGUGUUAUUGAUCACUUGCUUUGUGCUUAUCCAUCACAUGAAGACCGAAGUGAUGAGUCCUUCUACCGACACACAUGAACACCGGAGAUGUACUAAAGUCCUCUAAGAAUUUUCUGGAUUCAAUCAUUACAACUACUGAUAUCUGUCUGUGUGUUAUUAAUCGCGUUGUUCCUAUACAUCACAUAAGGACUUAAGUAAGGAGUCCUUGCCAGGGCUUUUUUCAGGGGGAACUUGGGGGAACUCAGUUCCACCACCUCCGGCUCAGACCCU